AAUUUUGUUUCAAACUACCGUACACACUUUAUUUAUACAGACAUUUCUUAAACGAUUUUAUUAUUAUUGUAAGCGGUAUGAUAGUAGUGUAUAUUCGGUACGGUAUGCAACCAAGUAUACACCAAACACAAAUAACACCAUUACUUGGGGCCUCUUUGUUUAGUGCGGUCUGCGACGUAACCUAAGAUACAAGCGUGUUGAGUUGUUGAGAACAGAACAGUUGAGAAUUACUCUUGUUUUAUUUAGUUACAACACAUUUUUCAAAGAUAACAAUCACAAAAAUGCUGAGAACUAAUCAAUUUAAGCUUCUCGCAUUGCUUCCAAAAGUAUCUCCAGGUAGCAUAAGAUGGAAUUCUUCCUCAGGACCAGUUGAACCAGCUAGGCUUGAGAAAACAUUAAACACAGUUCAACUCUUGGGACGAGUUGGUGCUGACCCACAACGAAAAGGCAGCGACGCUCAUCCGGUAGCCAUCUUCUCACUAGCAACCCAUUCAAACUACCGCUACGAAUCAGGUGAAUUCCUACAGCGCACCGAAUGGCACCGCGUCAUCUGCUUCAAACCGGGGCUUCGUGAAACAAUUCUAAACUAUCUGAAAAAAGGCCAACGGGUGCAUGUGACCGGAAAGCUUACUUACGGCGAAAUCAAAGGCGACGACGGGAAGCAGAAAACCACAACGGCAAUCGCCGCCGAUGAUAUCAUCUUCUUCAAUUCAAAUCCCCCACAAAAAUCCGAAUAAUCCUCGUAAUUUCAAAGUAUAUAUUGAUUCAAGUAUAUCGCAUGUUAAAAAGUACAAUAAUAACAUCGUGAUUGAGCGUUAACAUAAACUUAAACCCUUUUUCAUACAAACAUGAUUUUUAUCUCUUAAAUUGUUAAAUAUAUAAUACCGUAGCGGUAUGGAUUUUGAUCUGAUCAUAUAAUGUAAUAAAAAUAUAGCAUUUAUGUAUUAA